CGAAGGGUAGUUUGGAAUUUCCUGGUUUAAUCCAGUGAGGACUGGAAGACUACAGGUCCGCAGUACUAAAUUGCAUUAUUACAAAAUAUAUCUGUCCUUUCUCUCUGUUGUAUGGUCCGUCGUGUAUAAAAGGGCAGAGAAACCACGCCACAUUUCACAGUCACUUUUGAUACCACAAGUAACAAGCACCUCAAAUUAUCUCCCUUGCAAAUUUACAAGACUCCACAAAUCCUUUGAAAUGGAAUCCAGAACAAAUAGUUAUCUUUCGUUGAUCUUGUUGGUUGCCUUGAUUGCUUCCAUUGGGGUUGCAAUGCCAACUUCUGAAAUUACAUCUGCUAACGUUGGCACUGAUUACUCAAUAAAGACUUCCCCCAUCAUGUCGCGGAGAGCAAGACAAUACUACCCGUAUGGUGGUUAUGGGGGAUACGGAGGUUAUCCAGGAGGAUACUACCCGGGUGGUGGAUUGGGAUUCGGACAGAGUCAAUCCAGUGCAGCCGCGAGUGCUAGUGCUAGUUCCGGAAGUACUGGAUUUGGUGGAUUUGGAUACGGAAAGUAAUUCAACAAUGCAAAUCCGUUCGUUUUCGUCUCCGGAUUUUAAUUAGUCAAUAAUUAAUGUUAUUUAUUUAAACUCAUCUUUACUGAUUUGUACAACUAAUUUACAAAUUUUGUUGAAUAAUCUUAAACAAUUAUAUCGACAUUUGGCAUAUGCCUUGUAAUUAAUAAAAUUUCCUUUCCAUAUAA